AUGAAGCUCGAGGCUCGCCGGGUCUGCUCCAAGAUGCGCCGCAGCCGCCGCAGCCGCAGCACCUCGACCCCGUCUGCUGGCGAGCCUGCUGCGAAACGGCGGCAUGCCGGCAGGGCGGCUGCGGACGGCGGUGCUGCGGCGGCAGCGGUGGCCGAUGUCGAGAUUGAGGAUGCUGACGCAGCGUUGGUGGCGGCGGCCGACGGCAGCCAUGUCGAGCGCGAUGACGCCGACCAUGUUGCCGGUGAGGCUGAGCGGGAGUCUCAUCCCGCCAACCGGCCGCGGCGCGCUUCCAGCCGAGCAGUCAGCAGCGCCAGCGAGGGCAGUCGACCCGUGCCAAGGGUGGUCCUCAAGCUUGCGGGCUUCGAGGAGUGGGCUGCAGCGCGGGUGGGCGGACGCAGCGGCCAGGGCGUGGCCUCGACGGCGAUGGUGCCGUUCGAGGCCCACCCCGAAGAGGGGGAGGGGGAGGGGGAGGGGGAGGAGGAGGAGGAGGAGGAGGAGGAGGAGGAGGGCAGGCAGGUGGAGGGCGGGGCGGCGGCCGAGCGGCUCGCGCCGCGCUGGAGCGUGCCUGUGGGUCCGAGCUGGCGUGCGUACGGCAGCUUCGAGGACGCGGGGCUGGACGUGGUCCACCGCGGCGGGCCCCUCGACCCGGCCACGCCUCUGCCAAUCGACGGCGGCGCUCCCGAGGCUGCGAGCUUCUGGCGCGGCGGCGGCGGCGGCGGCGGGAGCGGCGGCGGCGGCGGCGGGAGCGGCGGCGGCGGCGGCGGGAGGAGCGGCGGCGGCGGCGGGAGAGGCGGCCGCCAGCCGCAAGCCGGGCGGAUGCACUGCUGGCACCCGGUGCCGUCGGGCGUGUAUGCGCACGUGCUCGACCAGUGGCGCGACUUUCGGCGGGCGAGCGACGCGCAUCUCGGCAGCGGCGCGAGGGAGGGCGCGGCGAAGGCAGCUGCGGGGCGGGGGGCGGCGCGGGGGCGCGACGGCCCUCCGCCCAACCUGUGGGAGUGCGUGUCCGAGGAGGAGCUCGGCGGGGUGGUGGGGCCGGCGGAGGGUCCCGCCGAGUCGGACGGGGCCCUCCGCCGCCCGCAGCAUCCCGGCCCGCAGCAGCCCGAGCCAGCCGGCUCCGCCUCCGCCGCCGUGCGGGCGGCAUACGCGCCGCGCUGCGAGCCGCGCUGCGCGCCGCGCUGCGAGCCGCGCGAGAGGGCAGCCGCCGCCGCGACGCGGACGGCGCCGGCGGCGGACGCCCUCCUCCUGGCCGCGCCGCAGAGAGACCACGAGCUGUCGGCGGUCUUCGAGCAGGCCGCGCAGUGGAGCUCGAAGGGCGUUGUCUUCAAGGCGCUCUCCUCGUUGCAGUACCUGAAGCAGCAGCAGCAGCAGCAGCAGCAGCGCGACGAGCCGCUCGCCGACGACACUUCCUCGCCGCUCGCUCUCCGCCACGCGCCGCCGCCCGCGCCGUCGUCCGCCGCCGACCUCGCCGCCGCGCGCCGCGCGACGUACCUAGUCGCGCCGCCAGAGGGCGUGGCGGCGGGCGGCACGUUUCUGGCCGAGGUGGCGGGGCGGCGCCUCCUCCUCCGCGUGCCGGCGGCGUGGCGGGGAGGGGGCCUCGCGAUGCGGCUGCCGCCGCUGCAAGAGGACGGCGCGGCCGACGUGCCGCGUGUGCCGCAACUCGACGCCGCGCGCAGCCAGGGCCCCGCCGCAGCCGCUGCAGCCCCCUCGUGCGCCGGCGACACGUUCGAGGCGCGCGCGGGCGGCAGGUCCGUCGCGGCCGGCGGGCUGGUGAUGGCCGCCCUCCCCGCCGGCGAAGGGCGCGCCGCCGAGCUGGUGGCGGUGCCUCUGCACGCGCCGCUCGCCGCCGGGGGCUCGGUCCGCUUCUCGCCCGCCCCGCUGCCGCACCCGCUGAGCGAGCCAAUCGGCACUGGCCGCCUGCCCGAGCCGGUGGCCGCCACUUCCGCGGUGCACGCGGGCCAGCAGCGCGUGGCGGUCAAGGUGCCGGUGGGCGGCAGCGGAGUCGGCAGCGUCCUGCUCGUCCGGGUGCCGCCCGGGUGCGGUUCACGGCAGGAUUGCGAGCCCGUGGCGGGCGGCAGCGCGCCCACCCUCGCCGCCCUCGUCGUCCCCAGCGCCGGCUGCACCAACCUGACCCUCCUCUGCUCGCCGGGCUGGGGAGACGCGCCCGCCGGCGCCACGCACAGCCCGCAGCCCUCCUACUUCGAGGCGGAGGUGCCCUUGCAGUCUAAGCCCGGCGAGUGGCUCCUCGCGAGCGCGGGGGACGGCCGCCUGGUCAGCUUCACGGUGCCGAAGGAGCUGCCCGCAAGCAGGAAGGUGGUGGUGCAGGCGGAGGCCUCGGCUGCACCCGCGUGGCGCGGCAGGUGCGCGAGGGCCGUCUGA